AUGGCUGCUGCCACAGGCGCGCAGAGCAAGGGGCUGAUUCACACGGCUGCGUGUCUGAUUAUUGGGGAUGAAGUGUUGGGAGGCAAGACGGUAGACACGAACUCGGCGUACCUUGCCAAAUUCUGCUUCUCCGCUGGAAUCAAUCUGAAACGCAUAGAAGUCAUUGCCGACGACGAGAGCGAGAUCGUAGAGGCGGUUCGGCGCAUGUCCAAUAACUAUGACUUUGUAGUCACUUCUGGAGGCAUUGGCCCUACACACGACGACAUCACAUACCAAUCGAUAGCGAAAGCAUUCGACCUACCGUUGAAGCAGCACGAUGCAGCUUUCGAGCGCAUGAAGCGUCUGUCUAAGCCGCACCCUUCGCAGCCCAACUUCGACUGGAACACACCGUCCGCCGCGCUCACCGCUAAGAAGCGCAUGAUUAUCCUACCCUACAACGAUUCAAUACCAGACGAGGAGCAAGUCAUCUUCACUGAUGAUCAGUUGUGGGUGCCUGUGGCCUGUGUCAACGGCAAUGUACACAUUCUACCUGGUGUACCGAGAUUGUUCGAGAGGAUGCUGGAUGGACUCAAGCCCCGUUUGCUGCCCCGGCUGACGGAUCCGGAGGGCAAGGGCGUGCUGCGGAUAUUGAUCUCUACCCCUCUACCAGAGAGCGCAGUAGCCGAAUAUCUCACCCAGCUUGCGGCGCGGGCAGAGCCAAAGGGUGUCAAAGUGGGCAGCUACCCAAGGUGGGGCAAGGAGAAUAACACAGUUACGCUUGUGGGCCGCGAUGUUGAAUUCAUGGAAUCAAUUGUUCCGGAGGUAGAGAAGGCGGUUCAGGGGCAUCGCGUUGCGGUCGAAGGGGAGGAUGACCCAGCGCAGGCCGACCCCAAGAAGACCGAGGUGGCGUAA